AUGAGACGAGAGGUUCACGAGAAGGAAGCGGAAGCUAGAGAUAAGGUGUUGUAUCUCCAGCAGGCUGAGGUGACUAGAGAGAGAGUGUAUGCUAUGCAUCAGUCCAGUAUAGAUGGAGUGGAGGACAUGUCCACUCUGGCAGAACUACACGAAGCUGCCAUCAUGCACAACCUCUACCAGCGCUACCAGAAGGACAGCAUCUAUACCAACAUAGGCAGCAUCCUGGCAGCGGUGAACCCUUAUAAACAGAUCCCAGGCAUGUAUGACCUAGAUAGAGUUGAGCUGUACAGUCGACACCACAUCGGAGAACUCCCGCCCCAUAUCUUCGCUGUAGCCAAUGAGUGUUACCGCUGCAUCUGGAAACGACACGACAGCCAAUGCGUCCUCAUCAGUGGGGAGUCGGGGGCUGGUAAGACAGAGAGCACCAAGCUGCUGCUCCAGUUCCUGUCUGUGAUGAGCCAGAACUCUGCUGGGACGCCUCCCUCUGAGAAGACCACACCAGUGGAGCAGUCCAUCGUUCAGAGCAGUCCUAUCAUGGAGGCGUUUGGGAAUGCCAAGACAGUGUACAACAACAAUUCUAGUCGCUUUGGGAAGUUCAUCCAGCUCCACUUCUCCCAGAGCGGGAACAUCCAUGGUGGAUGUAUCGUCGACUAUUUACUGGAGAAGAACCGCGUGGUGAGACAGAACCCUGGAGAACGGAACUACCACAUCUUCUACGCCCUGCUGGCCGGAGCCAACAAGGAACACAGGGAGCUGUAUUUCCUGGACGACCCUCCUGAGUCAUUCCACUACCUCAGCCAAUCAGGCUGUCUCAAAGACAAGAGCCUUGACGAUAAACAGCUCUUCAACAGCGUCAUGGAGGCGCUGAAGGUGAUGGAGUUCACUGAGGAGGAGACCAGAGACGUGUUCAAACUGCUGUCUGGAGUCCUACAGCUGGGCAACAUUCAGUUCAUGACCGCCGGAGGAGCGCAGAUCACCACCAAACAGGUGCUCAGUAAUGUCAGUGACCUACUCGGGCUGGACUGCUUCCAGCUGUCUGAGGUGCUGACGCAGAGAUCCAUGAUCCUCAGAGGAGAAGAGAUAUGCUCUCCGCUCACCAUAGAACAGGCGGUGGAUUCCCGGGACUCUGUUUCCAUGGCUCUGUAUUCCCAGUGUUUUUCCUGGAUCAUUCUCCGGAUCAACCAGAAGAUCAGAGGGAAAGACAACUUCAAGUCCAUCGGAAUACUGGACAUCUUUGGCUUCGAGAACUUCCAGGUGAAUCGGUUUGAGCAGUUCAACAUCAACUACGCCAACGAGAAGCUGCAGGAGUACUUCAACAAACACAUCUUCUCUCUGGAACAACUGGAGUACAACAGAGAGGGAGUCCAGUGGGAAGCCAUAGACUGGAUGGAUAACGCUGAGUGUCUGGACCUCAUAGAGAAGAAACUUGGGAUGCUAGCGUUGGUCAACGAGGAGAGUCGCUUCCCCAAAGGGACAGACUUCACACUGCUGGAGAAACUACACAGCAGGCACUCUACAAACCCUUACUAUGUGAAGCCUCGACUGGCUGACCAUCAGUUUGGCAUCAGGCACUAUGCUGGAGAGGUUCUGUAUGAUGUCACCGGGGUUCUGGAGAAGAACAGAGAUACAUUCAGAGACGACAUCCUCAACAUGCUGAAGGAGAGCAGACUGGACUUCAUCUAUGAUCUGUUUGAGCGAGUGGGCAGCAGGAACAGUGAGGAGACUCUGAAGAUGGGAACAGCCAGACGCAAGCCUACCGUCAGCUCACAGUUUAGGGACUCUCUCCAUUCCCUCAUGGGAACUCUGAGUGUGUCCAACCCUUUUUUUGUGCGCUGCAUCAAACCCAACAACGAGAAGAACCCUAGUGUGUUUGACCCGGAAGUGGUUCUGAACCAGCUGAGGUAUUCUGGAAUGUUAGAAACCGUUAAGAUCCGCCGGGCCGGCUUCCCUGUCCGCAGGACCUUCAAAGACUUCUUCAGCCGGUAUCAGAUCAUUCUGCAAGAGAAGGUGAGUGGAGCGGGGGAUGAUAAGAAGAGGAGUACAGACCUGCUGACCAAAUACGACCGUGCUAAGAAGGAGUGGCAGCUGGGAAAGACCAAGGUGUUUAUGAAGGAGUCUCUGGAACAGCGUCUGGAGAAAGAGAGAGACGAGGUUCGCCGUAAAGCAGGCUUGGUCAUCAGAGCUCACAUCCUCACCUACACCGCCAGGAAGCACUUUAAGCGUGUGAAGGGGAGCGUCGUCACCCUCCAGGGGUACCUUCGUACCCACAUACAACGGAAAUGGUUUCUACGGCGAUGCUUGGCGACGCGGGUACUCCAAAAACACAGACGAGGACAGGUGGCCCGUGCAAGCUGCCGCAAACUCAGAGAGGAGAGGAAGAAGAGAGAGGAGGAGGAGAGGAAGAAGGGAGAGGAUGCAGGCGAGGGGAAGAAGGAGGGAGAGGUGGAAGGAGAGAAGGAGGGAGGAGUAGAGGCAAAGGGUUCUGAGGUGAGCUUUCUCUUCUCUACUCUUUUCUCUGCUCACCCGUCUUUUAGAAAAUGGUCUGGUCCUGAGGCCAUAGACUAUCAUAGGAAUGGGCUCACGGAAGAAGAGGCCCGUCAGAUGGAGGAGAUCUUGCGUAUAGAGUUGGAGAUCGAGCGCCUGCAGAAACAGAGGGAGGAUGGGGUCUCCCAGCUCUGUGAGUCCUCCAGGCAGGAGCUCCGGCUACGCCGGGACGCAGAGAUCAAGAGGCUGAAGAAGGAGGCCUCUCGUAAGGCCACAGAACUAAUCGACCUCCUGGACUUUGGAGGCCUGGAUCCCAGUUUAGCCACCGCUGCUAGCGCCAGCGCAGAGCGGCUCCAGGAGGGGCCAGGCAUGGCCACAGCCAGAACCCAGGAGGAGGAGGUGGACGAGGGCUUCCAUGCCGAGGAGGAGUGCACUGUCCCUCUCCUCCCAGACUUCCCUCCUCCAGCUGAGGCUGACGCUGCCGUGGACCAGGAUAUGUUUGCCCACCUGCCGCCCCCUCCCCCCGCCUUCGCUGAGGGUUCUACUGCUACACCACCUCCCCCUCCCCUCGAUUCAUCCUCACCCACUCCCGUCCCUCCACCGCCUCCCCCCUUACCAGCUGGAGAUGGCUCUGACACCCCUCUCCCACCUCCCCCCCCACCACUGCCUCCUGGAGAGGGGGAGGGAAAAGGAAAAGAGGGGGAGAUAAAAGAGGGUGAUGGAGGGAGGACAACGAGUAUCUUGAGCCUCGGAGAAGGGGAGGAGCCGAUCUACAGCAUGCCGGUCGACAGCGGCGAAUCAGAUUACGACGAGGAGGAGGGCUCUGUCACCGCGGGAGACGAUGGUUCCGUAUCCGGGCAGAAUAGCAACAGAGGCAGCGCGGCCAUGACAGAGGAAGAAGCUCUGAGGAAGUCCACGUGUACCAACGCCAGCAUAGAGUCAUACAGGGGCAGCUCUGACUCAUACAUAGAGAGUGAUGAUGAGCAUGAUGGGCUGUUGGACACAGAUGAGGAGGUACACAACGGCAGGGUCACUCUUCUCAACGGGAACGGACCUCCGUACUUCCAUAGCUACCUCUACAUGAAGGCUGGUCUGAUGAUUCCAUGGCGCAGGCGGUGGUGUGUGUUGAAGGAUGAGACCUUCAUGUGGUUCCGCUCCAAACAGGAGUCCCUCAAGUCUGGCUGGCUCCAUAAGAAGGGAGGAGGACUGUCCACUCUGUCCCGCAGGAACUGGAAGAUGCGAUGGUUUGUUCUGAGGGAACACAAACUGAUGUACUUUGACAACGACAGCGAGGAGAAACUGAAGGGAACCAUCGACAUCCGCGCCGCCAAGGAGAUCGUGAACAACCAUGAGAAGGAAAAUGCGUUGAACAUCGUGACAGAUGAGAGGACGUACCAGGUGUUUGCUGAGUCGCCAGAAGACGCCAGUGCGUGGUAUAACGUCCUCAGUAAGGUUCAUGUGUAUACUCCUGAGCAGCUGAUGGACAUGUCUCAUGAACAGGCCAACCCCAAGAACGCUGUGGGAACUCUGGAUGUGGGCCUGAUUGACUCAGUCUGUGCCUCUGACAACCCAGACAGGCCCAACUCCUUUGUCAUCAUCACAGCGAACCGUGUGAUCCACUGUAACACCGACACUCCAGAGGAGAUGCACCACUGGAUCAGCCUGCUGCAGAAACCUAAAGGAGACGCCAAGAUAGACGGACAGGAGUUCCUGGUUAGGGGUUGGCUCCAGAAGGAGAUGAAGACAGGAACUAAGAGUAAUGUUCUGAAGCUGAAGAAACGCUGGUUCGUGUUAAACCAUAACUCCCUGGAUUACUACAAGAGCUCUGAGCGAAACUCCUCCAAGAUGGGAACCCUCGUCCUCAACUCCCUCUGCUCUGUCUUUCAACCUGAGGAACGAGUGCACAGAGAGACAGGGUGCUGGAACAUCGUAGUGCACGGUAGGAAGCACUCGUAUCGCCUCUACACCAAGAUGCUGAAUGAAGCUCUGAGAUGGAUAGCAGCCAUACAGGCAGUGAUAGACAGCAAGACACCCAUAGAAACACCGACACUACAGCUCAUCAGAGAUAUCAAGGACAGCAGUCUGAACCCUGAGGCGGUGGAGCAGACCUACAGGAGGAAUCCCAUCCUCAGAUACACUCAGCACCCUCUACACUCCCCCCUACUGCCACUACCCUACGGAGAAGUCAGUAAGUAGAUCCAGAGACAGCAGGGCUAUGCCAGUCUUCAGGAUGAAGCGAUCCGAGUGUUUAACUCUCUUCAGGAGAUGGAGACUCUGGCAGACCCUGUUCCUAUUAUACGGGGGGUACUACAGACCUGUCAGGACCUGAGACCUCUCCGAGACGAGGUAUACUGUCAGGUGAUCAAGCAGACCAAUCACGUGCCUCAGCCCAAUCAGCCCAAUCAGCGGGCUCAUUGGCACCUCCUCACCUGUAUGAGCUGUACCUUCCUCCCAAGCCGGACCAUCCUCAGAUACCUGCGCUUCCACCUCAAAAGGGUGCGAGAGCAUUUCCCCAACACAGAGAUUGAGCGUUAUUCUGCUUUUAUCAAUGAGUCUCUGAAGAAGACCAAGACCAGGGACUUUAUUCCGUCUCAGGAGGAGAUCGUGGCCCUACUGGUGAGGCAGGAGAUGACAACUACAGUCUACUGCCAUGGAGGAGGCUCCUGCAAGAUCUCCAUCAAUUCACACACCACCGCUGGAGAGGUUGUGGAGAAGUUGAUCCGCGGCCUGGCCAUGGAGGACAGUAGGAAUCUGUUCUCUCUGUUUGAGCACAACAAGGUGACGGACCGAGCUCUGGAGAGCAGGGUCAUCGUGGCUGACGUCCUCGCCAAGUUUGAGAGGCUGUCAGGGACUGAGGAGGAGGAGGAGGAAGGACAGUGGAGACUCUAUUUUAAACUUUACUGUUUCCUCGACAUGGAGAGCAUGCCUAAGGAGGGGGUGGAAUUUGCCUUCAUGUUUGAGCAGGCCCAUGAGUCUCUGAUCAGUGGUCACUUCCCGGCCCCAGAGGAAACUUUGCAGCAGCUAGCCGCUUUACGGCUGCAGUAUCUCCAUGGAGACGGGGCCAGCCGCGCUGGGUGGAGCCUCGGUAGUGUUUACCCAAUGGGGCGCCUCCGCUCGCGCAUCUUCCACUCCACCAAACAGGGAGGCGCGGCAGGAGGAGAGGGAGGAGGGCAGGUGGGAAGUGUCAAGGGGGACGGGCAGGAUAGAAGGAGAACCCCCAGCUUCCUGGAUGGAAGUCUGAGGCGCAGCUUCAAGACGGGCUCGCUGAAGAAACAGAAGGUGGAAGAGGGGCAGCAGGUAGAGAUGUGGGUGAAGGAGGAGACAUCGGCCACCAGAGCCCAUGUUCUGGAUAAAUGGACCAAGUUACAGGGACUCCCCCAGCACCAGGCUCUGCUCAAAUACAUGUCCAUCGUCAAAGAGUGGCCCGGAUAUGGCUCUACACUGUUCGACGUGGAGUGUAAGGAAGGAGGUUUUCCCCAUGACCUGUGGCUGGGUGUGAGUGCUGACAACCUGUCUGUGUAUAAGAGAGGGGAACCCAAACCUCUGCAGACGUUCCAGUAUGAGCAGAUCACCUUCUUUGGAGCUCCACAACCCUGCACCUACCAGAUCACUGUCGACGGCAACGACUUGUUCUUCCACACUCCAUUGGUGAUGGAGAUUGCUAAGAUCAUGAAAGCCUACAUCAACAUGAUGGUGAAGAAACGCUGCAGCAUCAUGUCUGUCUCCAGCGUCGCCAGCGCCUUCGUCAGGUGAUCAACCAGCAGCCAAUCAGAGCCCUCCAUUCAACAGUACAGGCCUAUCAGAGAGAGGCAGGAAGUGGAUACAAUCCACGGAUUGGUCGGACGGUUGUUUUUUUGGUGGAGUCGGCUGAUCUUGGAGAGGGGUAACCACAAAACAGUGGACAGUGAGGGAUCUAAAAUGGCAUCCGAUUUCACAAAGCGAAAGGGGGAUGGACACUGCAGCUAACUAUUCUAGACUUGAGAAUUGGGUGGAUUGGGUUAAAUAUCUGUUCGUUAACAAUGAGCAUGGAAAAUUACCCAUUUUGGGGAGGACAACUCCAGCAUAUCCCAACCCCCAGUUACCCUGCAUGUCACUGUCUUACAGACAGCAGGUCCAGCGAGCACAUUCUAACUCAACCUUACUUCAUCUAAAUAUCUCUAUUACUCCUUUUAUAUACAUCUCUAAUCUCUCUCUCUCCUCUGUCAUCCCUCUCUCUCUGUUCUCUCUGGACCAAACCCAUACCAACGACAAGCACAAUAGCCCAGUCAAACCAUACCACCCGCAAAGCUCCGUCGCCCCCUUCUCCACCCCGAUAACACACCCCACACACCCCUAGUCGCAGUCACGACACACUGCCGGCUAGGAGAGAUCAAAUGAAGCCUGUUACUAUUUCUAUCUUCCUUCCUCUGUCUCUUACCCUCUCUCCCCCCAGUUGAUGAAACUCUCUUUUUCUCUGUCUGUGUGUCCCAUUUCGCCUCUCUUUACAGUUAAGUGUUAAUUUAUUCUCUGUUGCUUGCUUGCUUCCUUUCCUCUCUCUUUCUCUCACUCACUCUCUUGUUCAUCUGCUGUUACCGUGGUGACUGAGAUAAAGGACUGUGUUUUCAUCUCGGGGUCAAAUGGAAAAUCAGGUCCCUUCUUCAUCAGACUGCACAGUACUUACUUCCUGUGUCAAAGGAAGUGACAUCACAUAUGGUCAAAGGAAGUGACCUCACACAAACCCCCUCAAGAGAACCAGAGCUGGAGGCCCAUCCAGGGCCCUCUCCCCGGAAUCAUCCUGACUCAGAGGCUCUUUCAAGGGGUAGCUGUCUGGCUCAGUCUGGGGGGGAAGCUCCGUGGGUGUGGAGAGGUCUGGAGGAGAGAAUGAUGCUAAGAGUGACAAAAGUGGACUACAAGAUCAACCAAGGAAGAUUGAGAGAGCUUUCUCCUAUAAUAUGUCUACUAUGAACAUCACAUAUAUAACAUAUUCAUGUCCAACCUACACAUACACUAAUCAAACACUUAUCGUUUUUGUAUAUCGCACCUCAUAGGAACCCUAGAUAGAUUUUGGUGGCCACUGUACUGUAUGUAUAUAAAUACCAUUAUAAAUGCCAUUUGAUUAAUUUAUUGUAUGUGUAAACUAAAUGCGAAUGAACAGAGAUAUUCACUGCUGUAUGUCUAAUAUGCCAACGCACCCUUAUUCACUAGCAGUGCCAUCUGACUAAAUCACAGCGAUAUAGAGGGGUUUCACUUCUUGAUGUAGAAUGGGUAGAGUCAGUCGCGGCGGCCAUAUUGGUAGGGCGGUUUGGGAUGGUUGCCUACAUGCGUUUCUCUGUGCUCUAGUGAAAUGUAGCCUUCGUAUCAACCUUCUGGCUCACGUUUCCAUAUCGGUGGGUACUUUUAAAAAAACAUAAGGAAUCUAGUCUUGUCUCCUCUACCCAUUCUGCUUCUACGCUAUGUGACUGUUCUCUAGUUCAUGUGUGAAUAGAACCUGUUUUAAGUCAUGUGACUAGUGUACUGUACGUUCCCAGUGUCUCCCCUCCUGCAGUGCUGUGUUUGGAACGCUACCGUGAGCGUGUGUAUCUGUGUCAUAAUGCAAGUGACUAACGAACUACCACACCGAGGGAAGAAGGGAACCAUAUGAAGAAAAGAAAGAAAGUGUGUUGUUGAGAAAUAAGAGUAUUAUGUAUCUGGAUAACCUUUAUAAGAGAAUGGUGUUGUGAUUGUGAUUUUAA